AUGUUCGCCAACAUCAGCCCCAAGACACGCGUGUGUGAGUUGGCCGCUCGCGCUGCUGAAAUCCGUCCCUCCUCCGUCUGGGCGACUACUGGCCCGCUGGAACUGAGCCGCUGCCGCGAGGGCGGGUGCACGGCACUGCUCUGGAUUUCGGCGACUACCGGCGUGCUGAUCAUGACUCCUGGCCUGGGUAAACUCGUGAUUGAUAGGGGCCUUUUCGGCAAUUGUGUCACUUUCGUCAAGCUUGUUCGGAGGUGAUACAGGAUCGAUCGGUGCUAUCACUGUGAGUUCGAUGGCUAACACAGCCUUCCCAGGCCAUCGCACAAAGAAGAAUCUGACAUCCGGUCACAUCGGAUUCUUCUCGUUUCGGAACAUGCGCGACGUUCGGCCCCGCAGGCGAUGCCCCAAUUCAUCGAACAUUUUGGUGAACUCUCAGAGUUGUAUGUUGUGAGGCAGCGCACCUUCUGUCCGAGCACCGCCGAACUGAUGGUCCGCUCUCCAACAGUCUUCGAGGAUUCGUCGUCGCCGUCAUCCUCAUCCCCUCGGCAAUCACCGGCAUGUUCGCCGGAUCUGUCGCCGAUCGAAUAGGUCGACGUCGAACAGUCUCUUUGGGGACACUGAUCUUUGCUGCCGGAAUGGCGAUGUGCGUCGCGGCGCCGAAUCUGAUCGUCUUUAUCGUUGGUCGAUGCGUGGCCGGAAGUGGGGAGGGUCUUUUCUUGAGCGCUGGCGCAGUCUACUUGUGAGACGCUUUGGUACCUUCAACGAAGCUGUGGAGACUGACCAAAGGACACUCUUCCGAUCAGAUGCGAGAUUGCCCCCAAGGCAUUGCGGUGAGCACAAAAUUCUCCAGCGAGACGAGAAGCGGAAGAAAGAGACUGGAGGCUAAUUCUCAAGUUCUGCCGAACAGGGGUCGAAUCAUGACCAUGUACCAAAUGUUCCUUACUGGUGGGUCUGUCCUCCUUUUUAGGAUUAAUGCGUGCCCAUUCUCAUCUGACUGGGUCAUGUAUCGAUUCGAUAGCGGCAUUGGCUCUCGGCUUCUUCGUUUGCUAUGGCACAAUUCGAGUCCAAAGGUAAGGAUUGCGGUCCCAGUCCGGCUCUCCGGACGGAGAUGUUCGCAAGUGCUGAUUCUAAUGGGUUUGACCUUGUUGAUACCAAAGCUCCCUCGCUUGGCGACUGCCCAUCAUUAUUUCUGCAAGCGUCGCUUUCUUCACCGGGAUUGCGUCACUGCUCAUCCUCCCUUACUCCCCUCGAUGGCUCGUUUCGCAAGGAAGAAAGGCAGAAGCCGAGGCAGUCUUGAGCUUGAUCACAAGUGGAGACGAGGAGGAGCGUAAGGAGCUACUGCAGCUGCCUCCGAGGGGUGACAAGGCAGGCUGGAUCGAUAUCUUCCGGAAAGGGGUUCGAGGCCGAACCCUUCUUGGAGCAUUCUUGAAUGUAUGCUCACCUUACGCACUUGAUCCUGAUAGAUCAAACUGAGUUGUGUGACUUACUGACGGCGGGCACGUUUAUCAUCCCACGCAGAUCUUCCAACAACUUAGUGGCAUUGACUUUGUGCUGUUCUACGCACCUCUGCUCUUCGCCCAAGCUGGUCUCGAUCCGAAGACGUCGGCCUUUGUCGCUUCGGGUGUGACGGGUGUGGUCUUGUUCGUUAUGAGCGCCAUCUCGGCUACGUAUGUUGACCGGGCUGGGAGGAGAACGCUGUUUUUGGUGCGUCAGACAUGCCCGUCUCGAUGUCCUGACGGAGUCCUCAUUGUGUUGGUGCUGACGAACCUCGAGCUUCCCGCUGACAGCGGGGAGGGGUGGGCAUCGCCGUCUGUCAUACGCUCAUUGGGGCGCUAUGUGAGUCGACGAAAGGCCAAUACCUCUGAAACUGAUAUUGACUUUCUAUGGAUUCUACCUUCCUCACCGACUUCCAGAUGCUUCCGGCGCUGCAUACACACCAGGUGGCAAAUGGGCGAUCAUCGUCUUGAUCGAGCUCUUCGCCAUUCUGUUCUCGGGCACGUGGGCGAUCAUUGUACGGAUUUACAGCACCGAGAUUCAACCUAGUCGCACAAGAUCAGCGGCAUCUUCCUUCUGUAUCGGAGUGAAUCAACUCGUCAACACACUCGUCGCGUUGACCAGUCCGGCUUUCCUCGCUAAGAGCCCUUAUGGUAAGUUUUCAUGCGAUACUCUCGAUACAACGAUGCUGAGUAUCGGCUUUGCAUCCGAUGUAGGCCCUUACUUCCUUUACGGCGGUUUGUCGGCUUUUGCGACCGCUGUCGCGUACUUGUAUAUGUGAGUGCGACUCGUUGACCUUCUGGAGUCAGAAGACUAGUACUGAGACGGGGUGCAUCGGCUUGUAGGCAAGAAACGAUUGGCAAAUCACUCGAGAGGUAAUUGCAUUUGGCAGUGCUGUAUCGUCUUCAAGAUUCGCAAACUGACCAUACCCCGGUAUACUUGUGUCGCUCAGUAUCGACACCUCCUUCCAUGAAUCGCCCACCGCCGUGAACUGGCCCCCUUCCCUCCUGCUCAACAGCGCUCGUCGGGCGAAAACUGAAGCCACGCGCCGCCCUUCGCGAGGGUCGAAUUCCAGGCCAAACGAGAACGGAAGGCCUUCGUUCUCAAACAGAUACAAGAUGGAGAGGUUGGGCAGUGAUAUGGGACUUGAGGGGCUACAAGGAAGUGCGAUCGAGGAAUGA